AUGAAUCACAAGGCGGACGACGAUUAUGACUACCUUUUCAAGGUUGUCCUGAUUGGAGACUCCGGUGUGGGCAAGUCAAACCUGCUCAGCAGGUUUACACGUAAUGAGUUCUGUCUGGAGUCCAAGUCCACGAUCGGCGUUGAGUUCGCCACGCGCAGUAUUCAGGUUGACGGCAAGACUAUCAAGGCGCAAAUCUGGGACACGGCUGGGCAGGAAAGGUACCGUGCAAUCACAAGUGCCUACUACCGAGGAGCAGUUGGCGCCCUGCUGGUGUAUGACAUCACCAAGCAAGUCACCUUUGAGAACGUGGAGCGAUGGUUGAAGGAACUUAGGGACCACGCAGACUCCAACAUUGUCAUCAUGCUCGUGGGGAACAAGAGCGAUCUGCGGCACUUGCGCUCUGUACAGACGGAUGAUUCACAGGCCUUCUGCGAGAAGGAGGGGCUGUCCUUCAUCGAGACCAGUGCCCUGGAAAGCACCAACGUGGAGCAGGCCUUCCAGCGCAUCUUGACAGAGAUCUACCACAUCGUGAGCAAGAAGGCGCUCGCGUCUGAAGACAAGCCGCAGCCGGACAAGGGCACCAGGAUUGUGGUAUCCGAGACGCAGCCAGAGGAGAAGAAGAAGUCAGCCUGCUGCAGCGGAUAG